AUGCGCUUCACCCAAGUUCUGGCAGCUGCCCUCUGCCUGGGCGCCACUAAAGCUGCCCUGAGCCCCCUCGACAGAGCUCGCAAGGUCCUAGGAAACCAACAUGCUUUCGACAAACGAGAUGCUACACAACCCCUUGGUGACGCGGCAAAGGCCCCCAAACAUUUGACCAAGAAAUCGAAAACCAAUACUCCGGCUGGAAACUCUAGCUUGUUCUUCUGGUACUUCCCGUCAGAAAAUCCAGCUGCUAAAAACGAAAUCACCAUUUGGCUCAAUGGUGGCCCAGGAUGCAGCUCUAUGAUCGGGCUUCUUCAGGAGAACGGGCCCUUCAUGUGGCAGCCUGGCACUGAUGGCCCGGUUCCAAACCCUUACGCCUGGUCUAAGCUGACCAACGUGGUAUGGAUUGACCAGCCUGCUGGAACUGGCUUUUCCCCUGGCCCACCUACCGUCAAGGAUGAGGUCGACGUUGCAAACCAGUUCAGUGACUUCUGGAAGAGGUUCAUGGACACCUUUGAACUCAACCACAGUGAUGUCUACCUCGCUGGCGAGAGCUAUGCUGGUCAAUAUAUUCCUUACAUUGCUAGCGAGAUGUUGGACAGGAAGGACACCGAGUACUUCAAUGUCCAGGGUAUUACUAUCAUUGACCCUUCCAUUGGCGCCACUAAAGUCAUAAUCGAUGCCCCAUCUGUUCCAGCAAUGCACCGCUUCAACAACGUUCUCAGCUUGAAUGAGACGUUUGUCAGCGAUAUUACGAAGAAAUGGGAGGGUUGCGGAUAUAAGAAAUUUAUGGAAGAUGCUUUGAAAUUCCCUCCAGCUGGCCUACUCGCUCUACCUGAAGAGUCUGAAGGCUGUGACGUCUGGGACGAAAUCAUCGCCGCUGUGAAGGCCGUCAACCCAUGCUUCAAUAUCUACCACCUCAAGGAUAACUGCCCAACCCCGUCCAACGUUAUGAACGGACCAAAUAACUUCUUCAACAACAAGCAUAUCCAAGAAGCACUCCACGCCCACCCAACCGACUACCGUCUUUGCGGAGAGUCUGAAAUCUUUGGCCCCCUCCGUAACGAUAGGUCUGUCCCCAGCUCCUAUGGCCCAUUGGCCAGCGUCGUUGAAAGGACAAACAACACCAUCAUCGCCCACGGUGAUCUUGACUUCCUUCUUUUCACUGAGGGCAGUUUGGCCUCUAUCCAAAACAUGACCUGGGGCGGUCUCCAGGGCUUCCAGGAAGAGCCAUCUAACCAGUUCUAUGUUCCAUACGAUGAGGAAACCCACACUGGUGGCGCUGGAAAUGUUGGAAAAACCCAUACUGAGCGUGGUCUCACAUGGGCCACUGUUGAUCUCGCUGGACAUGAAAUCCCACAGUACGCUCCUAGCGCUGGAUACCGACUCCUUGAGUUCAUGCUCGGAAGAGUCAAGAGCUUGACUGAGACCAACUAG